GAGUCGCUGUCGGUGCCACAUGUGUUGAGCGAGUCGAUUUAUUUCUACCAUUUGGAAACAGAUCUUUAUGGAUAAAGACAAUAUUUUACAUGGAAAUAUACUGGUCACUCUUUCGUAGUAAGAGUCCUGUCAGAUUAAAGUGUUUUGCAUCGGUUCAUGUAAUAACUGUCACAGCUGAUUAUGGCUCUUCCGCAGAAGAGUGAAGUUACAGCAGAGCUAGAAACACAACCCAUGGCCAGUGAAGAAGAGUUAAAUGACUCUAAACGAGAGGAAGAUGAGAAGCAGGAGGAAGACGGUGUUGAAGAUGCUGAUCACGAGAUGAACUGUGAAGAUGACGAUGAUGAUGACGAAGCUCUUGACCUCGAUAUAAAUGAAGAUGAUGAUCCUGAGAAGCCGAAGGGUAAAAAAUGUCUUCCAGGCAUCGUGUAUUUGGGACACAUUCCUCCGAGGUUGAGACCGAAACAGUUGCGAACUAUGCUGGGAGUGUACGGAGAGAUCGGGCGGAUCUUCCUGCAGCCUGAAGAUCGUUGCGUGAAAAGAAAGAAAAAGAAGGCGGGAAGCAAUUCAUCCAGUUUCAUAGAGGGCUGGGUGGAGUUCAGAGACAAGCGCGUCGCUAAAAGAGUCGCAGCCAGUCUGCACAACACACCCAUGGCCAACAAGAAGAGGAGCCGCUUCAGCAGUGACCUGUGGUCCAUAAAGUAUCUGCACAGAUUCCAGUGGUGCCAUCUCAGCGAACGUUUGACUUACGAGCAGACGGUGUAUCAUCAGCGUAUGAGAACUGAAAUCUCCCAGGCCAAGAAGGAGACCAACUUCUACCUGGCCAGUGUGGAAAAGAGCCAGAAGCUGGAGAACCUAAGGAAGAAGAAGGAGAAGAAGGGAGAGGUCCUAGAGCAGAAGACCUGGGACUACAAACAGCGACCUACAGAAGAAGAGCUGCAACUGAAACGCUUUAAGAACAAAGGCUUGUCCAAGAAGAACCUCCAGAAGGCGCAAGAGAAGAGCAAAACCUUCCAGGAGAAAGCUCAGUCCAACGUUUCCCUCCUGGCCAAGAUCUUCGGUGGUGGAAGGGCUCAGGAUUGACAUGCUGAGAACAACUGACAUUCAAGUCUUGUGUAUUUGUGUACAUUCUUCUCAGUCUUUGAACAAAUUUCUACAGUUCUGCUUGUGCUUUUUGACACACGAGAUUGUUCUGAUUGACUGUUUCAUACAUUCAAAAUAAAAACAGUGUAAAAACACUUUUCCCAUGAAAAGAGGCUUAACGUCUUCUGAAAGCAUAAUGCGUUGUUCAUUCAUUAAAUUGUUCUCUAAUUCUAUCCCAUGCCUGUUUCAG